AUGAUUAAAGAAAAGAGGGAAUUAUUUAGAGUCUAAAUAAGAAGAGAAAAAAAUGAAGAAAUAUUCACAAAAAAAAGAAGCAAUAUCAUUCAAUAAAUUCUUAUUGAUUUUCCUAAAAAUGAUUAUGAUCAAUUGAUAUCUAAAUCUAAUAUCCCUUAAUGUAUAGAAAAUCUUGAUGAAUUUUUAUCAUCCAAAAAGGAAUUGGAUAGCUAAAUUAUUGAUGCUAUAAUGUAGUUUAUUAAUUAAAUAUUAUAGACCUGGAGCUUAAAUAGUAUUUGAUUUAUUAUAACAUUUUCCACAAUAAUGCUCUAAAUUUUUAACUAAUUUCACUUACCAUAUGAAGAGAUAAUAGAUGUUAUUAUUGUUAAGUCAAAGUUAAAUUCUUUAUUUGAAUAAUUUAUUGAAUUACAGCUCUGAUGAAUUAAAAGAAAGUGUAAUAAUAUAAUUCUUAAACUAAAUAGUUCACUAAAAUCGUGUUUAAUUUUCUAGUUGAAUUAAAUUUAGAUGAAACCUUAAAAUUAGCUCAAAGCUUAUAAAUAUUAUCUAAUAUUUAUUAUAGUUAUACUACACAUGGUUGUCAUGAAGAAUUAAGCAUGAAUUAUCUAAAAAUCAUUGAUCAUCUUUUCCUUCAUAAUUAUAGAGAACCUAAUAUGGAAUAAAUAUUAGAAAUAAUAGAUAACAUCUCAUAAUCAACAAUUGAUGAUUCUCUUAAAUAAUAGUCUUUUAAAACUAUGAGAGCAGUUAUAGGAUCAAUCCACAUCAAUCAAUUUCAAAUUGUUAAUCAAUUUAAUAAAUAUUUAAUUAUUGAUGAUGCCAUAUCUGCUUUUAAUGAUGUCAUCAAAUCUUAAAAAGUAUCUAAAUUAGCCAUAUAGGCUUUAAAAAUGUUUAAUGUUAUUAUAGAAAAAAAUAAAUAAUUAAUGAAAGUAAAAUAUUUAUCAUAUUAAGCUUCUUUUAGAAAAAUAUCACUUAUUAUCUUAUUAUUCGAAUGCACUUUAAAGUAACCUUAAAUUCAACAAAAUUAUUAUUAAAUUAAUCUAUGAAGGCUUUUAUUCAAUUAUUGAAGAUGAUAAUAAUUUUGUUUUAAAUGAACAAGAUUUAUGCUUUGAAAAAAUAGUAACAUAAGUUUAAAUUAUCAAUAAAAAUAAUAAAGUAAAUGUAUUGCCUUAUUUAGGAAUUUCCCUCUAACAUUUGUAAUUUGAUCACUAAACUAUUAAAAUCUCGAUACAAAGAAUAAACAAUUAUUGAAUUUCCUAUAUUCAAAUUGAUUAAUGAAUUCUAUUAAGAUGAAAUCUAAAUUAUUAAUAUUGACGAUUAUUUGUUUAUUGCACAUACUGUUUUAUCAAUUGGAGAAAGUAUUUUAUAAUUAGAUUUUGUUAGUGAUUUAUCCAGAUCGUUAUGUUGGAGAAUUUUUAAAAUACUAAGGAGAAUCAGUAAUUCAAGAUAUUUAAAAAAAAACAAAUGAUUAUACUCAUAUGUAAAUAAUUGAUGAAAUUAUCAAAAUGACAGAGUAUGAUGGAGACUUUUUUUGA